AUGAUAAGGGCAAAAAAGGUGCCAAGUUUAUUAGCUUUCUUGGUUUUAGCUUUUCAAAUUCAAUGUGUGAGAUCCCUUAACCCAUCAUUAAAUGAUGAUGUUUUGGGUCUAAUUGUUUUUAAAGCAGACCUUCAAGAUCCAAAGAGAAUGCUUUCAUCUUGGAACCAAGAUGAUGACACUCCCUGCAACUGGUUUGGUGUCAAAUGCAAUCCGAGAUCCAACCGGGUCACUGAGCUCACUCUUGAUGGGCUCUCUCUCUCAGGUAGGAUCGGCCGUGGCCUCUUGCAGCUCCAGUUCCUCCACAAGCUCUCUCUAUCAAGAAACAACCUUACUGGUAGCAUUAAUCCUAACCUUACUCGCCUUGAAAACCUCAUAAUCAUUGAUUUGAGUGAAAACAGUCUCUCCGGGACAAUACCGGAGGAUUUCUUUAAGGAAUGUGGGGCUUUGAGGGCUAUUUCUUUGGCUAACAAUAGGUUUUCAGGGAAGAUUCCAGGUUCUUUGAGCUCAUGUGCUAGUCUUGCAUCCAUAAAUUUGAGUUCGAAUCAGUUUUCAGGGUCUUUGCCCGCGGGGAUUUGGGGUUUGAAUGGGUUAAGGUCACUUGAUUUGUCUGGUAAUUUGUUGGAUGGUGAGAUUCCCAAAGGGGUUGAAGUUUUGAACAAUUUGAGGAGUAUUAACUUGAGCAAGAAUCGGUUUAAUGGGGAGGUUCCAAAUGGGAUUGGAAGCUGUUUGUUAUUGAGGUCUGUUGAUUUCAGUGAGAAUAUGCUUUCUGGGUACAUUCCAGACACAAUGCAGAAGCUUGGCUUGUCUAAUUAUUUGAGUUUGAGUAAUAACAUGUUCACUGGUGAGGUUCCAAACUGGAUUGGUGAACUGAAUCGCCUCCAGACUUUGGAUCUUUCUGGGAAUAGAUUUUCGGGUCAAGUUCCACCUUCAAUUGGGAAUCUUCAAUCAUUGAAGGUGUUGAAUUUGUCUGCAAAUGGUUUAAAUGGGAACUUGCCAGAAUCAAUGGCCAAUUGUGGAAACCUUUUGGCUUUGGAUUUUAGCCAGAAUUUGCUGAAUGGUGACCUUCCUGUAUGGAUUUUUGGUUCAAGUUUGGAGAAAGUUUUGCAUUUGGAGAAUAAGCUUAGUGGAAAAUUUAGCUCUGCUCCGAAGCUUCAAGUCUUGGAUUUAUCGCACAAUAAUUUUUCUGGUAAGAUUGCAUCUUCCAUUGGGGUUUUAAGCAGCUUGAAGUCCUUGAAUCUGUCAAGAAACUCACUCAUGGGUCCUAUUCCGGGGACUUUUGGAGAUUUGAAGGAAUUGGAUGCCCUUGAUUUGAGUGAUAACAAGCUAAAUGGGAGCAUUCCAAUGGAAAUUGGAGGAGCAUUUGCUUUGAAGGAACUGAGACUGGAGAGGAACUCACUGUCGGGGCAAAUCCCAAGUUCAAUACAGAACUGUUCUUCAUUAAUGACUUUAAUCCUAUCUCAAAACAACUUAGCUGGAACAGUACCUGCAGCAAUAGCAAAACUUGGAAACCUACAAGAUGUGGACUUGUCAUUUAACAGCCUCACUGGCACCCUACCCAAGCAGUUGGCAAAUCUUCCCAACCUCUCCUUCUUUAACAUUUCCCACAACAAUUUGCAAGGUGAACUACCCGCAGGCGGUUUCUUUAACACCAUAUCACCGUCAUCUGUCUCUGGAAAUCCAUCUCUUUGUGGUGCUGCAGUCAAUAAGUCUUGCCCUGCAGUCCUUCCCAAACCCAUUGUUCUCAAUCCGAACUCUUCUUCUGAUUCUACUCCGGGCUCACUUCCUCAAAAUCUUGGUCACAAAAGAAUCAUUCUAAGCAUAUCUGCUCUCAUUGCCAUCGGUGCUGCUGCUGUCAUUGUUGUUGGUGUGAUUGCCAUCACUGUGCUUAACCUCCGUGUUCGGUCAUCAACAUCUCAAUCUGCAGCUGCUCUUACGUUAUCUGCUGGUGAUGGGUUUAGUGAUUCUCCCACUACAGAUGCCAACUCUGGCAAACUUGUCAUGUUUUCCGGUGACCCUGACUUUAGCACUGGAGCGCAUGCUCUGCUCAACAAGGAUUGUGAACUUGGGAGAGGUGGGUUUGGAGCAGUGUAUCGGACUGUUCUCAGAGAUGGGCGUCCAGUUGCAAUUAAGAAGCUUACAGUCUCGAGUCUUGUCAAGUCCCAAGAAGAUUUUGCAAGGGAAGUUAAGAAAUUGGGGAAAAUCAGGCACCAAAACCUUGUGGCACUUGAAGGUUAUUACUGGACUCAAUCCUUACAGCUUCUCAUAUAUGAAUUUGUCUCUGGUGGUAGUUUGUAUAAGCAUCUCCAUGAAGGAUCAGGUGGGCGUUUUCUGUCAUGGAAUGAGAGGUUCAAUAUAAUUCUAGGGACCGCCAAAAGCUUGGCUCAUUUGCAUCAAUCAAACAUAAUCCACUACAACAUAAAAUCAAGCAAUGUCCUUAUCGAUGGUUCAGGUGAACCAAAAGUUGGUGAUUUUGGACUAGCCAGGCUGUUGCCAAUGCUAGACCGCUAUGUUUUAAGCAGCAAAAUUCAGAGUGCUCUCGGCUACAUGGCACCAGAGUUUGCCUGUAGAACAGUAAAGAUAACUGAGAAAUGUGAUGUGUAUGGUUUUGGGGUUUUGGUUCUGGAGAUUGUUACUGGCAAGAGACCUGUCGAGUACAUGGAAGAUGAUGUGGUAGUGCUUUGUGACAUGGUUAGAGGAGCUCUGGAAGAAGGCAGGGUGGAAGAAUGCGUUGAUGGAAGGCUCCAGGGGAAUUUCCCAGCAGAUGAGGCGGUUCCAGUUAUGAAGUUGGGCUUGAUUUGCACAUCGCAAGUUCCAUCAAACCGGCCAGAUAUGGGAGAGGUAGUUAAUAUAUUAGAGCUGAUCAGAUGUCCUUCAGAAGGCCAAGAGGAGUCAGGAUGA